AUCACCGGGAAGUUCGUCGGGAUAGUCUCCGGUCAAACAAGCAGUACAGUGACCAAUGUAACUGCUUUCUCGAUUAUCCAUACCAAACCUUACAGCCUUAACAAGUCCAUCCACUGAAAGAUACGCAAUUUAACCCGUGUUGAGAUAUUUUAUAAAUUUACGCCAAUCAAACGAAGUAGAAUUUUAAAAGUGGGGAUCGUUAAAGACUUGUUCAACGAUCAUACAAGAAGACAUUCGACUGCGACAUUCGUGAAGUGACCGGAUAAGAGGAAACAUGACUGAAUACAAAUGUGGAAAAUUGAUCAUCGAAGGAAAGACUAAGAAGGUUUAUGAACUUUUAAAUGACCCUACGUUAUGCCUGCUAGAAAGCAAGGAUCGUAUAACUGCCGGAGACGGUGUAAAAUCUCACGAGCUGAAAGGCAAAGCAGCUAUUAGUACAGCUACUACAGAUAAAGUUUUUCAACUAUUAAACGAAGCUGGAGUAAAAACUGCCUUUGUUAAUCUAGUUAGCGAUACCACUUUUGUUGCAAGAAAAUGCCAAAUGGUACCGAUAGAAUGGGUUACUAGAAGAUUAGCUACCGGCAGUUUUUUACGGAGACAUCCAGGAGUUCCUGAAGGAUACAGGUUUAAUCCCCCGUUACAAGAAACAUUCUUUAAAGAUGACGCUAAUCACGAUCCUCAAUGGUCAGAGGAACAAAUUAUUUCUGCAGGUUUUAAGUUGAAUGGAAUUACAAUAGGAAAAGAUGAAUUUGACGUUAUGCAACGUACAACUCUUGUUGUUUUCGAAAUUUUGGAAAGAGCAUGGGCAACCAGAGACUGUGCUCUUAUAGAUAUGAAAAUAGAGUUUGGCGUGGAUGCGAAUGGUGAAAUUAUGGUAUCAGACAUAAUUGAUAGCGACUCUUGGAGGCUUUGGCCAUCUGGGGAUAAAAGGCUGAUGAAAGAUAAACAAGUGUAUAGAAAUUUAACUACGGUAACUCAAGAAGAUUUGGAUGUUGUAAAACGCAAUUUUAAAUGGGUGGCUGAUCAACUCGACUACCUUAUCCCACGGCAAAGUAGCCUUGUCGUUAUUUUAAUGGGUUCACCAUCUGAUGAGGAGCAUUGUAAAAAGAUAGCGAAACAUGCCAAAACUUUAGGUCUAAGGGUUCAGCUUCGUGUGAGCAGUGCCCACAAAGCUACGCAAGAAACAUUGCGUAUUCUUGCAGAGUACGAAGGUAGCGGCGAAAAGGUGGUGCUAAUAGCUGUGGCAGGAAGAAGUAACGGAUUAGGUCCAGUAUUAUCCGGAAACACGCCAUUCCCUGUUAUUAAUUGUCCACCUUGCAAACCAGAAAAUAUCUCACAAGAUUUAUGGUCAUCGAUUAAUGUACCUUCGGGAAUUGGAUGUACCACAGUCGUCUACCCCGAAAGUGCAGCCCUUGCAGCGGCUCAAAUUCAUGCACUGCACGAUCAUCUGGUUUGGUCGCGUCUACGGGUAAAGCAAUUACAAAAUUUUAUCGCCUUAAAGCAAGCUGAUGUUCAGCUAAGAAAUCUUGAUAUCUAAAAAGUGUAAGUCCAUCGAUGAAUGUACGUUAAAAGUGUAAGUACAGCGCGUAUACCCGUUAAUUUGAAAUAUUCGCAUUCUAGAUCUGUUGCGUAUGUUUGUUGUUAUCGUUUCUCCUAGUUGUUCUUUACCGAUUGAAAGUAUAUAAAAUAUUCAUUUAUGUCAGAUUCAACGAUUUUUCGAAUAACAAGAACUUAUACAAUUUUGUUCAUAAUCGAUUUUAAUAUGUUAUUUGUAAAUCUGAAGUAAAAUAAAGCUAUUAUCUCGUUAAUUACGCCGA